CCGCGUGCAUUUCCUCUGGCGCCGUGGAGCAGGAGCGUGCGUGCCAGGCGGGCAGAGAGGCGUUUUGCUUAGCGGCGAGCUGGUGCUUUCCCCGGAUUUCGCCUCUAUGGGUAAAGAGAUCCCCGACGUCUGCGGCGCCUCGUCCCCCAAGCGGAAAAUGCAGGCUCUCAAAACGGGCAAAUCUUGUCACAAAGGCAAGUUAGUGUUGUUUUGGUGCGCCGUUAUCUUCCUCAUCCCUUGCGUCUUGUUCUUCGUUUUCCUGACGUUAUACGCGCUGCUCCGCUCUUCAGACCCGGUGGGCCAGUUGAGCGAAUGCAAGGUGGAGUUGCAGAACCAGACCUCCCAGAUGCGAGCUAGCAUCGCGUCCCUGGGGAAGCGCGUGGAAGAGACGGGGAGCGACCUGGAGAAGGCGAGGGCCGAAAGAGAGAGGCUACGAGCCCAGCUGGCGGUCACCAACCAGAGCCUCGUCAAGACCAGCCAGGACUGGGGCUCCUGUCAGGAACAGCUGAAAAGCCUGGGACAAAAUGUCACAUCCCAAGUGAGAGAAGCUGUCCAGCGAGAAGUGGAGAAAUAUAAAAUUGCUGAAGAGGAGAUUAAACAACUUAAGCAACAACUCUCCAGCUUAAUGGACACCCAACAGAAGAGGGAGCAACAACAAAAGGUGUGCCAAGCCACAAUCCAGCGCCUGGAGAAGCAGCUCACAAAUCAAGCCUUUGACGGUUCCUAUGGAGGUCUUCUCCUUGGUCCCUCCACAGUCCUCCUCCCACUUACCUUUGCUGUACUCCUCCUUUAGUCAAUUUGGAUUCUGGCCAAGUUUGAGUGGUGGGCAAAUGUCAAGCUUCACCCUACUUUAUCUGCAUAACCACAUCUCUUCCUCUGCAUGUGGGUUUUGGAGACUUCUGAGCCUGUGCCCUUUGCAGGACAAGAACCUGAUACAGAUGCCAGACCUGGACAUCCAUCUACUGUGACAAGUCAGAUUUUGGGUACAAGCACAGGACCUGCCAGAACUUAUAUCACAUUGCCCUGAGUAUUACACAGAACUUUGCAAAUAAAGCUUAAAUCUUGAUUAUGUAAUAA